AUGACGGACACGGCACGUAAUUUGCUUCACAAUUACUGUCAUGCUCAUCAUCCUAUUAUCCUGGGCAUUAUUGAACCUAAGACUAACUUUCUUUAUAUUCCGGCCUCCUUCUGGAAAUCUAUCAAUUUGACUCCUUUCCAUCAAAAUGAUCGCACCCCUCAUGCUUCCAACAUCUGGAUUCUCAUCGCCACCGGGGUUACCUGCUCGUUGAUCAUGUCCACGGAGCAAAUGGUUAUUGUUGACAUCUUGUUUUCUAGCUAUUCUUUCAGAGUGGCUAUUGUUCACGGGAGUUGUAAUUAUAUCACUCGCAGGAUUCUUUGGGAUGAUAUCUCUUCUUGUAUGGUCCCUCAAAUGGUGAUUCUUGGAGACUUUAACGCUGUGCUUGGAGCUCAUGAGCGGCGUGGACGCCGGCUUCCCAGUCGUAUUUCCAGUAGAGAUUUUCAAGCUUUCAUUGAUCGUCAUACUCUCAUUCAAGCUCCCACCUCUGGGCCUUUUUUUACUUGGACGGACAGGCGCAAAUUUCCUUUGACUACUGAGUCUGUGCUGGACCGCACUCUUUUCUCCGAGGAUUUUGCUGCGCAAUGGCACUCUUCUGAGAGCCGGGUUUUGCCUCGUCUUGGCUCUGACCAUGCUCCUAUUUUGCUUAAAUGUUCCACUCCUCCUAAUUCCUCUGGCACUCGUCCUUUUCGUUUCCUCAACAUGUGGAGUUCUCACUCUGACUUUAUUCCAAUGGUUCAACGUUCUUGGGCUCCUGUGGUUGAUUCGAACUGCCCCAUGGUGCGUAUGAUGCACAAGUUGAAACGUUUGAGGAAGGAACUCCAAAUUUGGAAUAAAUCCACUUUUGGGAACUUCAACACUUCGCUUCAGGAGCUCUAUAAUAAGCUCUCUUCUCUUCAGACACAUAUCGAUAAUGCUGGCUAUUCUGAGGAGCUCUUUGAUCAAGAAGUUGAACUUGAAGCCUCUAUCUCGGUCAUGCUCUCUCGGAAAGAUGACCUGCUUCGCCAGAAAAGUAGAAUUCGAUGGCUCCAAGAUGGAGAUCGAAAUACUCAGUUUUAUCAUAACAUGGUGAGAAUGAAGCGCGCUAGUCAUACCAUCAAGCAUCUUGAGAUUAACGACGUCCUGGUUGAUAAUAAUAACACUUUGGCGUCUCAUGUGGAAAACUUUUAUAAAUCUCUUUUUGCGGCGGAUUCGAAUCUUGGGGGCGAUCUUUCGUGGAUUACUAAUUAUAUCACCAGUAGCCUCACUGUGAACCAGAACUCGGCUUUGGUUACUUGUCCGACUACGACGGAGAUCAAAGCGGUGGUCUUUGCUAUGGACAAAGAUAGCGCUCCCGGCCCGGAUGGCUUUGGAGGUACUUUCUACCGUUCCGCUUGGGACAUUAUUGAGCAUGAUUUCACUUCCGCCAUCAGAAGAUUCUUCACUCAUCAUUAUCUCCCUUCGGGUCUCAAUUCCAAUACUCUGAGCCUCCUUCCCAAAAAAGUAGAUGCAAAAGUUAUCUCUGAUUAUCGGCCCAUCGUUCUUGGCAAUUUCUUUUUCAAAGUUAUUUCCAAGAUUCUGGCGAUCCGGCUGAAUGCUGCUGCUGCCACCAUCGUCUCCAACAAUCAAUUUGGCUUUAUUUUGGAACGUUCUAUUCAUGAGUGUAUCACUCUUGCCUCGGAAGGGGCGAACUGCAUGGAGAGGUCUUUACACGGCAAAAACAUGGCUCUUAAAGUCGACAUUCAUAAGGCCUUUGAUACGCUUAGAUGGGAUUUUCUUCUGUUCGUGCUUCAAGAGUUUGGCUUCUCCAAUAUUUUCUGCUCUUGGAUCAAAACUAUUCUAAGCUCGGCUCGCAUCUCUAUUAGGUUCAAUGGUGCUCUCUAUGGCUAUUUCGAAUGCGGCCGCGGGGUAAGACAAGGAGAUCCUUUGUCUCCCAUUCUUUUUGCCUUGGCGGAAGAUGUUCUUAGCCGUAUUUUUCUGGAUGCUGCUAAUCGGGGUUUAAUCACCGGCAUGCGUUUCUCGAGAUCUUUGAGUUUCCCUUCUCAUCUGCUUUACGCUGACGAUGUCCUCUUGUUCUGUCAGCUAUAUGCCACGGUCUCUGGUCAAUAUUGCAACAAGCAUAAGUCUACUCUUUACUUCGGGAAAUGGGUGUCUCCUGGGCGACGUUCUCGGCUUCAACGGGUUUUGGACUUCAACAUUGGCUCCAUGCCUUUCACAUACUUGGGAGUGCCUAUUUUCUCGGGAAGACCUUCUUCUGCUAAGCUUCGACCUAUCUAUGAUCGGAUUCUUGCCCAUUUCCCUAGGUGGCAAGGUGGUCAACUCUCUAUGGCGGGCAGGCUCUGCUUAGUCUCUUCUGUUAUCAACAGUGCUGCGGUACAUAGCAUGCUUGUUUAUAAAUGGCCAGCGAAACUUCUGCAUGCUCUUGACAGAGCUUGUAAAGCGUUCAUCUGGACUGGGAGUACUCUGAAGAAACCUUCUUUUUCUGUGAGUUGGAACAGAGCUCGUGCUCUGAAGGAACAUGGCGGCAUUGGAGUCAAAUCUUUCUCUGACAUCAAUAAUAGUUUCAUGUUUCGGCUUGGUUGGUAUAUUAUGAACAUGAACAGCUUCGGCUAUCGGCUGCUUCGUCAGAAAUAUCUCACUCAAACCAUGGAUUGGGCUUCCAAAUGGGCGAGUUCGUCGAUUUGGACUGGUGUUAGAAGGACGAUUCGGGAGAUUGUUUCGAAUACCUUCUGCACGAUUGGCACUGGAGAUACGAUUUAUUUUUGGAGAGAUAAUUGGCUCGGAUAUCGGUUGAUCGACAAAAUUCAAAUUCCGGAGUUCAUGACAACAUAUUUCUCUCAGAAAAUUUCAGACUACUACUUUGAUAAUAAAUGGCACCUCACUUAUAGUUUUAUGCAGUCUUUCCCGCGCAUUUCUCUCGACAUCAUAUCUACCCCCAUUCCUGGACUGGCGGACGACAGAUCCUGGAUUCACUCGGGUUUCGGGAACAUUACAGCUGCUUCUGCCUUUGCUCACAUUCGACCUCAGUUCCCUAAGGUCGACUGGGGCUCCUGGAUUUGGGCCCCUUUUAUCCCCGCUAGGCGAUCUCUCUUUGUCUGGCGCACUAUUGUUGGCAAGCUUCCUACCUUUGAUAUGAACCGCCUCUUUGGUAUUCAGGGGCCGAACCGCUGCACUUUAUGCUCGGCAGCGGAAGAGACGAUGGAUCACGUUCUGUUAAACUGUCCCUUCUCGGCUUCUAUUUGGGCGGAUGUCUUUCGUUGGUUUUUGAUUGAGAAACCUUUGCCGUUGGACGUGGGCAGCAUGAUUCGCUUCUCUAUCCACCAGAACAACAGCAAACAAGUUGGCAAUUUGUGGAAAGCUGGGGUUGUCUCUCUCCUCUGGAGUCUCUGGUCUCACCGCAACAACGUCAUACACAAAAAUUUAGCACCUUCGCGCCACUUGAUUCUCAAGCAGGUCCGGGUUUUUCUUUGUGAAGCUACCAACAAUUUUGUCCUUGGUACUAUGGCCAACUCGGUUUCUGAUCUUCUCAUUCUUAAGAAUAUUUCCAUCGCUGGACAACCCAGGAAGCCUCUCUCCUAUAUUUACGUUGCUUGGCACCUUCCACCGCCGUCUUGGAUUAAAGUUAAUACUGAUGGUUCGGUUCGUGAAGGGAGGAUUCAUGCGGGGGGCGUCUUUAGGAAUGCCUUCAAUGACGUUCUUGGUUGUUAUCAUUUCUCAGGCGGCCAGGGGGUUGCGUUCGAAGCAGAGCUUUUAGCUAUUAUUAUUGCGAUUGAAUCUGUGCAUCGUGCCAAAUGGGAGAGAGUUUGGUUUGAGUCGGACACUUCUUACGUUGUUCAGCUUCUUCAGUCGCACUCUGAAACGAUUUCGUGUACUGAAGAAAUAGGUUUCGUGUAUGACUUCGUGCACUUGAUAUCAAUAAAUAAUAACAGCUUUCGUGUACUGUUUCGUGUACUGUGUCGUGUAUCGAAGAACAUGUUCAAAUAUGAUCGGAGAGGGAGCUUGGAGCUGGAAAAGGAGGGAGGGGUGGUGGUGUUCCACGGUGAUGGCGCGAAUAGGCGAGGCGGCGGCGCGACGGGGGCUGCGCGGCCAAGCUGCGCGCGGCUACUGCUCUCGUGUUCUGCUGACAGCAGCUGCUACGACUCCCAGCUCCUGCUGCUGCUCGGCUGCUGCUGUCUUGAAGGAGCUGCUGUUGUGCCGGCAAGAGGCGGCUGA